UCUAUGGUCAUGUACGCUGUGGAAAAGUGGAAACAAUAGUUGUGUGUUGUAAUAUAUUUUUUUAAGUUUAUAAUAGUGUAAAGAUAUAUUAAUUAGAAAAGUGCUUUGUAUAUAUAUAUAUAUAUACAUAUCUUUUUAGGAUAAAAAUCCAAUAUGGCUAAUACCUUCGAUAAACUGUAAACUGUAAGAUGGAAGUUAUUUGUUUAAGUGACUCCGAUGGUAGUGAUUCCACUGUAUACAGAGAAUGCCCUCGGUCUAGAGAAGGGUACGAAAAAAUGUCAAAAGUUUCAAAUGAAGUGCAGGUAGAGAGGAAUGAAGUAAUAACAUUGAGUUCAAACGAGUCAGUUUUGGAAAAGGAAUCAAUGAGAUCUUCAGAAACAGAACGAUGUAGAGUGACUUGGGAGAAAAAGAGGAAAUCAGAUGAAUCUAAAAUACCUUUUGAGACACCGUCACCAGAGAAAAAAGUAAAACAAUGGAUGAAAAAUCAACAUAUGUUUUUUGUACAAAAAGAAUUGAACUCUAACAGAAACAUUCCAUUGAGUAGUCAACAUUUAGACAGUCUCACCAAUAAUGCUAUUAACAUAUGUUCCAAGAAGGAAUCCUGUCGUCCAACGAAAUCUGUAUUAAUUCGUCAGGAUUAUGUAAAAUUCAGUAAUACUGAAUGUGGACCUGGAACAUCAUCUGCAGCUGCAAUAGUUAAAUUAAACUACAGGGAUAAUAGAUAUUCAGAAUCAGAUUCUGGGUGUUCAACAAAUAAUUAUUCAUGCAAAUAUAAUAUUAAUAAUAAUAACGAUGAUGAUGAUGAUGAUGAUGAUGAUGAUGGCACACAUAAAAUAAAAGACUGCAGUAAAUUAAAAGAUGAAAGUAAUCGUUUCAAUGAGAAUACAUCAAUCAAUCUUAUGAAUGGAUGUAGCAAUUUUUCCAGGUCACUUGUUAAAAAAUCAAACCUUUCAAUACACGAAAAAAACUGCCGUGGUAAAUUGCACAGGGAGAAAAGUAAACCAAUGGAUCAACCAUUGAGUCCUGAAAGUCAAAAAAAGAACGAACUCUGUUCAUACUUACAAUUGAUGAAUACACAUGGUAGAAAAAAUCGGGAAUUCUUACAAAAUAGAAGAUCUAUCAGAGUAAUUAAUCAUCAGAAAUUAUUAGAAAGAAGAGAAACUGAGAAAGUAUUCAAAUGUGAGAAACUUGAAAAAUCAUCUACGGAAAUAAGUGAGGAAAAUUCAAAAAACAAUAGCGAUGUUGCUAAGAUUUGUGGAAGUUCUGCUACAAGAAAAUCAUUUGCUGAUUUAAAUUUGAAAUCGUUAGCACCUUCGUGGGUACAAAAUAGAAGCGUAAAUGUUAGAAAUGGUUCGCGAUCUUUAAAACGCGUUGUUCCUAUUAAAAACGAAAGUAACUUUGAGGACAUUAUGCAGACUUUUCUGAUUACAGAAAAUGAAAAGUUGUUUGGUAACGGUAGGAAUUCUUCAACAGGAAUGGCUAAUACAAAAAUUACCAAUGCGCCUCAUAGCAAUGAAACCGAAGAAACACGAAAAUUGUUAGAGGCUCUUAAAAAAAACAAUUCGCCAGCAUUGAAUGAAAAAAUAUGCGAUCAAUUAGAACAGUACUUGUCACAAUAUGAUCCGUUAGAAAAUUAUACAGAAGAAACUUAUAAUGUAAAAACGAAAAGUAAAACUAGACGUAGUUUACGCCUUGUUCACAAUAAUAAUUCCUUUACUAAGUCGAGUUCAAACAAUUCAAAUAAAUGCCAAGAUUUUGUAUGGAAAAAACAAUUAAACCCUUAUAAAAAUCGUGUUGAUUAUAAGAUAAACAGCAAUCAUUCACUGCCGAAGGUAAUAAACGAUUGUAAAGAUUUGACUUUGAACAGAACCAGUAAUAAUAAACUCUGUGUGGAAAUGACCGAUAAUGUUCCCUCUAUAAAUGUUCCUUGUUUGUUAAAGGAGAAACUUAAAAGCCAAUUUGAACUGAUAAAAAACCUUACCCCCGAACACAGGAAAGCUCUUUUUGAUAGUACAAAAUUCACCGGAAUUAAUCAAAUACGUAGCAUGUUCGUAUUUCCAAAUAAUCAUAAAGAAGUAUUAGAAUUCCAUUGCGAUGAUCUGACAUGUAAUGGGUUUAAGCUUUCCGAAAAGAUUUUUAGCGAAAAAGCAUCAGUUACCUUGAACGAAAUUUUAAAUGUGUUGGAAACUCAAGUUACGCACAGUCAAAGAAAAUUAGAAUUGAAAAUAGCUGAACCGACUAUUUCAAAACAGCAAAGGGAGAUUGAAACCAGAAACAAAACAAAUAUUUUGGAGAAGAACAUAUAUUAUGUGCUACCUGAUUCUAAUAUGUCAGAAAUAGAAGUAAGAAAUUAUUCUUUAUCUGCAAAGGAAGAUAUUUCCAAACAACAAUCAGAGGAUUCACAGGUAUCCACAAAUAGUUCAGCAGCUCGUGUAGGUUCGGGAUCCUCGACUUUAUGUGCUAUUCCACGUAACCAAAAUUCUUUAUUAUCAACCGUCAUGUCUCCGGAUUUAUCCUAUGUAGCGCUUCCGUCCAAUGUUCAAAACCAACUGUUACCAGUGCGGAGGAAAUCCUCUGAAAUUAAUUCUUCGUGUACCACAGUUAGUUCUUCAAACAGCAAACCGUUAAAUACCUAUCUCAGUCGUAAGCACCGUUCAAAAAUUACUAUCGAUUCCAGUCUUCAAACUUGCGAUAAUAACGACGAUGAGGUGGAGAUAUCGUCUAACAAAAUACAAAGUAGGUUUCAAGCAGUUCAGCCGGUAAUGCUAGCGAAGAACAAAGGCCUAGUUGAGCAUGCAUAUUACUUCGAUUUUACAUUAGUGGUCGUUCAAGAGUUAUCUGUAAGCUUUUGGAAAGUUUGUCCAUUAGGUAAUAUUCUUGGCGUGCACGACAUGUGGGAGGCUAAAGGUGAUGUUCACCGACUCGUUUCGGACGAUUCCACUGACAAAACAGUCACCGAGACCGUCACAUAUAUGGACAAAUCGGUGGCCUACUUCGAAAUGUGGACGAAAAUAAAUGAUACCGGCGCUCUGGACGUCAUCGUGGUCAUUUAUUUUUGGCUGGAGUGUUUCAGUCAACCAAGUAGGAAGAUUGUUCUGCUGGACAGUGUAAAAUGUAAAGACGCAGACGUGAUUUACAUGGUUUUGAAAAGAUCUCGUAAAAUUUUUGUGGCUACGUGUGCGAUUGUUGCAGGGGUGCCCACCACUUUUCUGAACAAUCAUCAUUUAGCAUCGGAUUAUCAAUCUAUUGCAAGUACCAAGCAAAUGGGUUGUGUUAAUUAUCAUGUACGCACAAUGCAUAACAUACAAGAUUGUGAUACGUUGAUUAUGGGCUGCGGUGAACAAAAAAUAACUCUUUGGAAUGUAGAAUACGGAUUCGUGGUAGCUACAAUCGAUCUGUUAGGUUUUAAUGAAAUUCCUCAAACAUUAUGGACUAAAUGUGAUAGAGGUUUCUUGUUUGUUUUACAACAAUUUUCGGAUACGUCAUUGAAGCUAAUAGCUAUAAAUGGAAUUAAUUACACUUGGAAGCUGUUAAGAAGUUUUCAACCGAAUGAUACUUGCGGAAGUUUGCAAGGGGUCUGCGUGGAAAAUGGACUACUGGUAGCGUUUUUCGAUAACGUAAGUUUGUGUUGGAAAAUAGAAAAUAGGGAAGAAAUUCUAGAGUUGCCCUGUGACGAUAAUUUAAAAGUUUUUGUAUCGGACAGUAAUGUCAUAUCAGUUUCUAAUGAUCAGCUUCAAGUCAAAAAUGCGUUACAGUAUCUUCUCACAUGCGACGAUAUCUAUAACACCAAGGUGUAAAUUAAAAAUAACAGUGGUAAAUAAUUUGAUUCAUUCAUUACAUACCCGUAUGUAUUUAUUUGCUAAGUCGUUUUCAAAGACAAUUAAUUGAUCUACGUUUGUAUUUUGUAAAUAACUAGUUAUUAAAGUAUUCAUAAAAUUGGUAUACUUUCUGUUUAUUAUCUUGGAGAGAGUAAUUUAUUACGAAUAAAAACUACUUUUGUGUAAAGUUGGACUCCAAAAUAUAAAUUAAUUGUAUCUGACUUUUAUAUCAAGUGCGUAUUGUUUAUUUUUAUAACAUGUAGACCGUGGUAACGACUUC